UUCCUAGAACGGAAGAGGGGGCUUCGAAAUGAAAGAUGUUUAUAUAAAUGACUAUUGGCAUUCAAUUUGAAGUAGACGUUCGUUCACAUUCUGUACCAUACUCCCAGUGUUCAUUAAUACAUCAACAUGUCUCAAGAAAAUUCGAAAAAAGUCAUCAUCGUUGGCUGUGGCAUUGCAGGUCCAGUGAUCGCAAUUCUACUUCAGAAGAAAGGAUAUACUCCGAUUGUCGUGGAAAAAGUUAAAGUAUUGGGAGAUGCGGGGGGAUCUCUGUUUCUACAGCCCAACGGUCUCAAAGUACUCAACUUGGUCGGUCUUGCUACGACAGUAACUGAUAAUGCGCCAUGGGGAGAAUACUCAUGGGAUAAGACUCAUACCGGUGAAGUUCUUGGGGGCGGCGAUUUGCUCAGAUCGCUGAAGGAAAUAUAUGGUCAGCCGGCUUGUGGAACUAAAAGAAGCACGUUCAAUCUAGCUCUUGAAAAGGCCGUCGUGGAUGCGGGUAUCGAGUUUCACUCGGGAUGGAAACUGGCCAAGAUUGAAGAGAGUGAGACCAGCGUGGCAGCGAUUUCAGAAGCUGGUGAGAGGAUUGAAGGGUCGUUUCUCAUUGGGUGUGAUGGUAUUAAAGCUGCCUCGAGAGAGAUAUUGCUUAAACGUAAAGGAUAUAAUGAGCCCGAAGCUACAUAUACGGGAUUAAUACAGACCAAUGGAUUUUCUCCCACGCCACCAUCUCUUCAAAACACUCUCCUGAAUAUCUUCGGUCCCUCCGCUCAUUUGAUCCAUUACCCCAUCUCUCCGACUCACUCAUCAUGGGCAUUUACGCAGCGACAAAGUGAAGAAGAAAAAGAAACAUGGCGUCUUUCAACACCCGAAGAGCUUGAGAAUCGAAGAGCAGAGCUCUUGAGUCAAUUCGAAGAUUGGGCUGAGCCAAUUCCAGAACUGAUCAAAACUGCGGGAAGAUUACUUAAAUAUGGAAUCUUCGAUCGACCAGGCUUGAAGGCCGAACAAUGGUAUGAUGGAAGAUGUGUUCUCAUUGGUGAUGCUGCACAUCCCACAAGUCCCCAUUUAGGUCAAGGUGCUAAUCAAGCUAUGGAGGAUUGCUACCAUCUCCAACGGCUCAUCCCCGACGCCGGCAGCGAUCUCUCCACAGAAGCCUUAACGAAGAUUUUCGCCGAAUUCACAGGAAUUCGACAACCCAAAACAGCCUUGUUAGUAGCGGGUGCUCGAGCACAAGGAGAACGAAGAGUUGUGACACCGGAGACGAUGGAGGAGAGAAAUGAGUACAUGAGACAGAUGUGGAAGAAUCCUGAUAUCUUUUAUAAGGCUUAUGCUGAGAUGCUGAAAGGGCCAUUUGAUGCGAUGGCUUGAGAGAUAUGCAUGAUAACAGAUGGCAGGAGUCAAUGUAAGAAGUCGAGACCACAUUCGUGGCUAUUUUGAUGAAUUUAACAGAUGUACGCAAGGAUUUGCAGGGCGAACAUAUUGGCCUCGACGCCUCGCCUUUCGUCGUUUAGUACUUGGAGAAUUACCUGGGCAAUAGUUUAUGCACAAACAUGACAAUAGAAAAGGAGUCUCAACC